AUGCUUCUUCCCAAGGGCGGCGUGACCUGGAAGUCGGCGCGAGCGCGAUUGCCACCCUCACGAGCCGUCCUGCACUUCGUUACACGCACCCGCUUUAUACUCCUCGUUCUGUUUUCCGGCAUAGUACUACUGUUAUGGCGAGGGCUCAGUAGCAGGGCAGGCGAGGUGCAGAGAUUCUACUGCUGGGGCCCCGCCAAAGCGCCCAUGGACAUGACGGCGAACGAGCAAGCCCGCUGGAACGCCCACCUCCAGACCCCCAUAAUAUUCAACCACCACAAGCCGAUAGAGGUCAAUGCCACGACGAUCGAGCACGUCGACCUCAACCCGAUCAAAUCGACGCCCAAAGCCCUCGCCAGCGAGGAACGAGUGCUCAUCCUCACGCCCCUGCGUGAUGCCGCCUACUACAUUGAGCAGCACUUUGAUCUGCUCUCCCAGCUCACGUACCCGCACCACCUCAUCGACCUCGCGUUCCUGGUCGGCGAUUCGACAGAUGAUACACUCGCUGUUCUCUCUAAGGAGCUGGAGCGCGUGCAGACGAGCGAGACGGAAGGGUUGCCCUUCCGCAGCGCCAUGAUCGUCGAGAAAGAUUUCGGCGUUACGUUGAGCCAGAGUGUCGAGGACAGGCACGGUUUCGCGGCGCAGGGGCCCCGGAGAAAGGCGAUGGGCAGGGCGCGCAACUAUCUGCUGAGUACGGCGCUGAAGCCGGACCAUUCGUGGGUGUAUUGGAGGGACGUGGAUAUUAAGGAUAGCCCGACAAAGAUCAUCGAGGACUUUAUUGCGCAUGAUAAGGAUAUUCUGGUACCGAACAUCUGGUUCCACAGGUACCGAGAGGAGAACGGCAAGAUGCGGGACAUUGAGGGGCGUUUCGACUACAAUUCCUGGGUAGAAUCUGAGCAGGGCCUGAAGCUUGCCGCAACCCUAAACAAGGACGUUGUUUUGGCCGAAGGCUACAAAGAGUACCAGACAGGCCGCCGCUACAUGGCCAAAGAGGGCGAUUGGCGCGACAACAAGGAUCUUGAGCUGGAGCUCGAUGGCAUAGGCGGUGUGAACAUCCUCGUCAAGGCAGAUGUUCACCGAUCAGGCAUCAACUUCCCUUGCUACGCCUUCGAAAACCAAGCCGAGACAGAAGGCUUCGCAAAGAUGGCCAAGCGCGCCGGCUACGGCGUCUACGGUCUACCGAACUACGUCGUCUGGCAUAUCGACACGGAGGAGAGGCCGGGCAAUGCAUAG